AUCCAGUGAUUUUUAUCAUACUAACUGGAGUUAACCGCCAGCGGUCUGUGUUUGGGAUAAAUGUGUUUAUGUGUCUGGGUCAGAUCAGACCGAACCUAAACAGAACCGUUUUCCCCGGGAAGAAAUGCAUCCGAUCCGGUUGUCGAUCCCGUCGUUCCGCUCAGAGAACAGUUCUAUGGAGAAAGGAUUCACGGUCUUUAAAAUUGACAUUCUUGUGAAUGGCAGACUGCACAGUGUGGAGAAACGCUACAGUGAAUUCCACAAUCUGCACAAAAUGCUGAAAAAAAGCAUAAAACCUCCUGAAAUCCCUUCGAAGCAUGUCAGAAACUGGGUCCCCAAAGUUCUGGAGCAGAGGAGGCAAGGCCUGGAGCUCUAUCUGCAGACUGUAAUUAUGGAAAAUGAGGUCCUCCCAAAGAUAUUCCUGGAUUUCCUCAACAUCCGCCAUUUUCCUUCAGUGCCAAAAACGGAAAGCUGCGGCUCUUUUGACACAGAAUCAAUGGAAUCAAGCAAACUGUCUCAUCAGCCAGUCAUGGUGUAUCUCAGAGAUCCAUACCUGCUGCCCUCUGCACAUGAUACCUUUUCCAACGUUGUGAUUGAAGGCGUGGUGCACGGAGUUUUCUACCCCGAUCUUCAGCCGAGGUAGAGCUAAUGAGAACUGAAGACCCGCCGCCGCCGCCAUGAAAUCCAACCUUCUCACCAGCUUUGGUGUGCACCAGGAAGAACAUAUCAGAGAACAAUCUGAGCCUUCUUUUCUCCUUACUCUUACAACAAAAAACAACAAUUUGUUCUGUUUUUUAACUGAAAGGGAUAGCUAGCCGUUGGAUAACUCUCUACAUUUUCCACAAUAGACACUAAUGUAAGUUUUGCUCGUUAGUCAAUCAAACUUUCACUUUAAAACUCAACUUAAAUAUGGAAGGGAUGUCAUUUGGAAAAAGAUCACAUUUUUUAGCGGUUUUAGAUUCAAAAUGUUACAAAUAACCAGAGAAUUUAUGCUUUUAGCAGAAAAACAAAGUAUAAUUGUGAGGAUUAUCCACUUGGAGAAAUAGAAUUUGAGAAAGUUUUCAUAUCCCACUGGACAAAAGAUUGAACAGAGGGCCUGUAUAGUUACAUCCCUUUGAAUGCAUUGUUUUUUUUUUAUUAAUCAUGAAGGAUUUAGAUGAGGGAAAGCAGCUCAAAUAAUGUGACUCACUACAUUGUGGUGCAAAUCAUUUAGUGUGGAUUCUACAGUGAUAAUUUAUUUUCCCCAAUAGUUUUAAAUGUGCUACAUUUCCUCUCAGAUGCUGAAUUAGCUGCUCAGUUCUAACCUGUCAUAAGUUUGUGGUUUUUAAAUUAGCAGAUAGUUUGAAACUAACCUACAACAACUUUAAUUAUGUGGCGCUAUCAGAGUUCCAUUAAAGUCACCUUCAAAUAGUAACAGUCAUCAUACCGGCUGUUUGAAAUAAACAAAUUAGGACUCAGUUCUUUGUAAGGAGACUGACCCAUAACACUCCUUUAUUUAUAUUUGCAACCCUGGGGAAAAUGUCUAAAAAUAGAAUAACUGGUUUUAAAGGGACUUAACAAUAAUCCCAACAUGCUACUAUUCUCUAAAAAGUUGUUCUAAACCUUUUAACGUGAGCUCCAGAUGUUCAAGUGGGUACGUUUAGCUGAAUACUUUUUAUUGUUGCCAGCACAUCUGCUUAAAUUAAAAAGGGACUAAUCCUGGGUUUUCUUCCCAUUUUGAAGACCAGCUAGAAGAAAUGACCCUCUUUAAUGUCUUGUAUUCUUACCAAAGUCUAACAAGAAGUUAGAAACUAUUUCAAAACAUCUGCAUAUUCCGAUGAAUGUUAAGCUUUGGUUGCAUUAGGUUUUUAAUUUGGGGAAUUUCCUCACUUAGUAAAUGUCCACAAAAUAUUUUUUCUUGGACAUUUUUCUUCAAGCAUAGUAAUUUUUGAAUUUUUUUUUACCUUUGGUUUCUCAGGCUGGCGUUUAGGAUUGGUUAAACUUUGAUAUCCUGAAAUCACUUUAGAUUAGAUGAAAUGUUAAAUUAAACUCUCCUACAGUUAGCAUUGUAAUCAGUGCAACAAACUUAACAUAAUUUAUCCCAAAAACUAAAGCAGAACUUAUUUAUUAUAACAAGAAAGCAACAUGGGCAGCCUAAAGAUACUCAUGGUUACGUCUUUACUUUUUGUCAUCUAUGCAAAACAGUUUUGGAGCUUUUACUGUGAAGCUGCUUAUGUACUACAGGAUAUUUCCUUCUUUUUUUUUGCAUUUUUUCACAAAUCUGAAUAAUUUUUCUUUGUUUCUCUAAAAUCAUGUAUCUAGCACUAACUCCAUGCAAGUUUCA